AUGACACCUAGGAGAGUGAUUGUAAGACUACCACUUGUUGCGGCCAGUGCUCCAAUCGAGUCCUCAACAUUCGUUCCUUCAAUUCUUACCAGAGAGAUGUUAUCCUCAUUGAACCUGAACAUUGCAAACAUUGCAAAGGAUGUUUCCAGAAAAUGUGUUAGUGCCUCCAACUUGACCUCAGAGAAACUAGGCAACAAUAGUGAAACAAUGAGAGAUAUGUGCCAACAAACAUCAAAGGAGACUGCUCAGUUAGUCAAGGACAAGAUGUCCAGCAUCAAGAAGAGGACCAUCGUAUAUACCACUUGUUAA